UUUCCCAAGCCAAGCCCUAAAAAGAGCAGGAGAGCGUCGGAUACUCCUAUCAGUCGCUCAGUCCCUCCCAUAAGAAAAUCGUCACAGAAUCCUUUUCCUUCCCUUGGUCUCUCCUCUUCUCUUAAUUUCCCUCUUUAUACGGUCGAGACUCUGCACCUUUUUUUUUUCCCCCGUUCUUCUUCUCUUACCUCUCCACUUCUCCCAUUUUCGGCGACUGCUCUCAGAGAUGGGUUCCGUAUCUCUGCUAAAACCCCAUAUUCCUUUGGGAAAUCCUAACCUUUUCUUCCCCUCCUCUCCUCGAUUCCCAGCUUCUUGUUUUCCCAUCAUUUCUAGCAGAGCGGCGAAGCUACGUUGCGAGUUUGAGUUGAAGGGAAACGGCGCCCUCUCGGGCGACACCGAUCCUCGUGUAAUAGACCGGCAAAAAGCACUGGAAGCAGCAAUGAAUGAUAUAAACAAUUCAUUUGGAAAAGGAAGUGUCACGAGACUAGGAAGUGCUGGUGGUGCUUUGGUUGAAACUUUUCCAAGUGGUUGUUUGACUUUAGAUUUUGCUCUGGGCGGAGGUCUUCCUAAAGGAAGGAUUGUUGAGAUAUUUGGUCCAGAGAGCAGUGGAAAGACGACACUAGCUCUUCAUGCGAUUGCAGAAGUACAGAAACUAGGAGGGAAUGCCAUGCUUGUCGAUGCAGAGCAUGCUUUUGAUCCAUCUUAUUCUAGGGCGUUGGGGGUGGACAUUGAAAAUCUGAUUGUCUGCCAGCCUGAUAAUGGCGAGAUGGCGUUAGAAAUUGCGGAUCGUAUGUGCAGAUCUGGAGCCAUAGAUCUCAUCUGUGUUGAUUCGGUCUCAGCUCUCACUCCUCGGGCUGAAAUUGAAGGUGAGAUAGGGAUGCAGCAAAUUGGUCUGCAAGCUCGUCUGAUGAGUCAAGCAUUGCGCAAGAUGUCAGGAAAUGCAUCAAAAGCUGGUUGUACCCUCAUUUUCUUGAAUCAAAUAAGAUACAAGAUUGGAGUAUUCUAUGGGAACCCUGAAGUCACUAGUGGAGGGAUUGCUUUGAAGUUCUUUGCAUCACUUCGCCUUGAAAUACGUCCUAUUGGGAAGAUAAAGUCCGCAAAAGGAGAUGAAGACGUUGGAGUCAAGGUCCGUGUAAGAGUGCAGAAAAGCAAAGUGUCUAGGCCUUACAAACAAGCUGAAUUUGAGAUCAUAUUUGGAGAAGGUGUCAGUAAACUGGGUUGUGUUCUGGAUUGUGCUGAAAUGAUGGAUGUUGUGGCCAAGAAGGGAUCAUGGUAUAGCUAUGACGAGCAAAGAUUGGGGCAAGGCAGGGAGAAAGCGCUGCAAUAUCUGAGGGAAAACCCUCUUAUCUGCAGUGAAAUAGAAAAGGCUGUUCGAGCUGUUAUGAUGGAGGAGACGAGACAUAUGAGCCUUAUAGCCUUUGGCCAGUCAUCAACUGCUGAAGACGAGAUCAUAUAUGAUGAGAAAUGAUCCCUCAGCAUAGCUUGUGCUUGGUUUAUCGAAAUUGUGCACACCUAUGGAACAGGGCAUCUGAUAGUCUGAUGUUGCUGAAAAUUGUCAGCCAGACACCGUUUGGAGCAGUUAUCCUCAAAGAAAGAUUUGAUCAGUUACUGCAGCAAUUUGGCUGUCAUGAAGUUCUUGUUGGAGCAAAAGGGUAUAUAAGAAUCAUUAUUCGUACACUUCAUUUGUAUCACUAUACUCUCCUUUUGUUUUAUACAUCAGGUUUCAACCAUGGCAGCUUUUUUGUAUGGUAUGAGCACCGGGAAUUGCCAUCUUUUUCUAUCUUUAUUUAGUAUGAAGGAUGACCUUUGAAUUGUGCUGUAGUAACAGAUUUCACCAAGCCUUACAGGCUUAUAAGUUAUCACCCAUCACAGAUAUAUAAAGAGAUGUUAAAAAG